CUUUUUUUUAAAACUACUACUAGUCUAAUUAUAGAUCUAGAUCUAGUCAAUUCUAGUCAUACUCAUGAUAGUAAAUGAUACUGUAACUGAGUUGAGUUUAACUGAGAUACUCAGGAAGAUGAUGAUUUUAAUGAUAAUGAUAAAUAAUAAAAUAAUUAAAUGAUAGUAGAAUCUAGAUACUCAUACUGACAUAGUCAGACAUAGGGCUAGGGCUUAUAUUCUAGAUCUAAUCAAGAUUGAGAGUAAUCUAGACUAAUUAAUUAUGACUAAAUAAAAUGCAUGACACAUAUGACAUAAUCAUCUUCUUUUUUGAAGUAACGUCUGUAUUAUAUUUUUAAGAUAAGAUUAGUCUAGUAAACAUAGGAUCUAGGAGUUGGAGUAAAUUGUGUACUGAAGUCCAGUGAAGUACUGUCUACUGAGAGUUACUGAGACUAGUCACUAGUGAGACAUUUAGAUUCUGUGAUUGAUUCAUAAAAUUGAAACAUAAUCUAGAUCUAAAUCAUUAUUAGAAUUAUUAGAUCAAGAAUCUAGAUCUAGAUUCAUACCAUUAGAAUAAUAUUAGAUAAAUAUAUACUUAACUUCAUUCAUCAAAUUCAAGUUUACAUUGAUCAUGAUUUGAAAAUAAUGAAUAACGAAAUAUCUUUGAGGACAGUUAAAGGCGAAUAUCUACCUGGAGAAACAGUUCAUGGUGCUGUGUAUUUACUUAUUAGUCGGCCAACAGAAGCAAACUGCAUCCAAAUAACCUUUAAAGGAAUAGAGACAUGUACUUACAAGUAUGAGCAUGAGGGUAGGAAGACUCUACAGAAUGACACAGCUCAUGCUGACUUUUCAAAUGUGAAUCUGUAUUCACAGAAAGAAUACUUUCAAUUUGGCUCCUACGUGUUUCCUUUCAAAUUUGAACUGUCUAAGACUAUUCCAGGUACAUUCCAUUGCACAGGUAAACAGAAUGGGGCAGAGUGGGAAGUGGAUGUUUCCUAUGUUCUACAAGCACAGGCAAACACCAUGCAGGUCUCACAAAAAAUUGUUGUGUACCAAGUGGAUGAAACUAACAUGCAGAACAAUCUUUUAGGCCAGGCUAAAGAUGUUAGUUUCUCUCCAUCUUUCUUCUCCAAGACAAGAGUGCACAUCACUGUACGCCUGAUAAAAAACUAUGUAGAAACUGGAGAUAAUAUGAUGAUGCGUCUUAUCCUAACCAAUCCAUCCAAGCUGCAUGUUACUGGUUUCUCCAUAAAGUUGCUUCGCUACUUAAAAUUGUAUUUGACUUACCGUGGAACAUCAGAGAAACAGUUGACAGCCAACAUGGAGUUCACUAAUGGUGUAAUUGUUGUUGCCCCUGAAACUGGCCCUCACACUGUGUACAGCAUGGAAGGAGAAUCAUGUGCUUUCAGUGCUGGAAACUUGGAUCGGCUACAGAUUCCACUAAAGGAAAACAGGAUAAACCUACCACCAUCUGUUGAGGGGAAAAAUGUUAAGAAUCAGUAUGGACUUGAAGUAAGAGUUAAAUUCAGUAAUGGUCAUUCAGAAACCCUACUACUACCAAUACCUGGUGUAUUACCGUGUAAGAAUGAGCAGUGGAGCCAGUGGUGUCCUCCUGACUGGACCUUCAAAGCAGAAACAAAGCUGUCAUCUUCUCUAUUUUCUGUUCCUGAAUAUUUGUUGCGCACAGAGGCCUUUUCUGGUCUACCAACAUUUCAAGUGUUAUGAAUGAAUAUAUGUAUGUAGACAAGAUCCUGUAAUAAGUUAGUGAAAAUGUGAUUACUCAAUCAAGUGCAAUUAAAUGGUCUUUUCAGAAUCAGUGUUAAGUUGUAUAGAUAAUAUUGUACAGAAAUAUGUAAAUUUUUUAACUUUUUACAUUGUGAUUUUGUAAUAUUGAUAAUUCCAUAGCUAUUAAUUCAUCUUAAAAACAGCAGAGACUUAUAUGCUUCAAUAGGCCAUAGGUUAUCAUUGUAUUUUUUUAAAUAGAUUUUUAGCUCCUAUAAAUUGAAGUUCUGCAUAAUUUGAAUUGAGUUGUUUUUUUUCCUUCUUGGUCCUUAUUUCAAAAAGAGGUAAUUUCAAUAUCAGUUAUGCUGUGUUUCUGAAAAGUGGAAUACAACUUAAAAUGUUCCAUGAGCUGUUUGUUUUUUCACCAACUCAAACAACCCAGUUGAUGUAUGACAAUCACCAAUCCUUCAUCACACUAGUAUCUUGUGGCCUGGUCUAGGUGAGUGUUCCUGAAACCCCCCACCCAUCCAUCUCCUACUCUCACAGUUGCACACACACCAGCCACUAUUUUUUUAGUUCUUAAAGUUCAGUUCUAGUACAAGUGUAAAUCCUUUCAAAAGACAAAACUUUGACAAUUGAAAGACUAGAAUCCUGUUUGCAGAGAAGUAUGGUCUUCCAGAGAACACUGGCAGCUAGAUACUACUGUAAUGUGUCCAGCAUACAUUACAAAGUACCCUCACUUUUGAGGACUUUUCUAUAACUUUUGUUCCCUUCCAAUUUAGCAGAUUUCACAGUUUUAAGUUGAUGGACAUUUAUUGUAAUACCUGUAGCAAAAAAACAAACAACAAAUAGACAAACAUUGAAGUCUUUGAGUCUUUUACUUUUACUUCAUUUAGUAGUUAGUGUAAAUGGUUGGUAACUUGAUUAGUUGUGGUACAUUUACAGGCUCUCUUUUUAAAGAGCAACGCUCAACUUGGAUUUUCUUCCCCUCUAAACCACAUUGACAUUAUACACUGCAUGCAAGUGAGUUUCUUUGUUCUAGUGUAGAUGAAAAGAUAAUUGAUAAUGUACAAUUGUUUUAUGUGCAAAUAUUUGAAGAGCAGUGAUACCUUUGAAACCAAUGCCAUCCUCUCACACUUUGCUAAUGCUGCCCUCUAGUAGAACACUGAUACUAUACUUUGUACAGUAUAUGCUAGGCAAGGGUUUGAUACUGUGGGCAUAAGUGAUUAGUCUUAUAUAUCAUCUCACAUUGAAAUUGAUACUAAUCAUUAGCCAAAGGGUAGCAGUUAGGGUUAGAGUUGUAUAAUAGAAAUGUAUGGGAUAAAUGUUUAGCAGUUUCUUUUUUAUUUUCUUAUUAUUUUUUACAAAUUAAAAAAUGUUAAUGUUAAAAAUGAUUUUAAAUGGAACAACACUUUUUUUUGUAGUGUGAUAGCACAAACUGCUGAGUAAUUGAUACCUAUUGAUAUUUAAAGUCUCUACAUUCAAAUGCUGAAACUAUUAACAUACUUAUUAAGAAUGUUUUUUGUAAACUUUAUUGUCAAAGUAAAUCUAUGACAAGAACUUUGUGAAGAACUAAUUGACACCAUUCAAAUGUUAACACUUAUCAAUGUAUUUUGUUGUUGUUCCUUUUUUUAACUUCUUAUAUUACUUGUAGUUUGUACAACCUCAUAACACUUAGCACUUAAGAAUUAGGCUUGUUAUCAAGUCCCAAGUUUGAGUGUUAGUACAUUGUAUUGUAUAUUUCUGAAAACAAUCACAUUUUACAUACUUGUACUUAAGAGCCAUUUCAUUGACUGAAUUGGUUGUGAAAUGAUUUAGUUAUCUUCAUGUUUCUUCUAGACCAAUUAACACAAAUAGUGGAUGCGCUGCAAUUCUUUCUAUUGUAGAUAGUUGAAUAAUGAUUGUUAAAAUCCAUAUUAAAACAGUACCUUUUGAAAACCUACCUGGUAGUACCUGUAUAGUUUGUAAUUUAGAGAACUAGGUAGUUGAUAUAGAAGUGUACUGGUCAUAAUUAAAGUAAGUUUUUAAACAAGAGGUUUUCUUUGCUGUUUCAGAAUAAAAUAAAGAACUGUCAUGCUGAUCAAAUUUUUUAUCAGCUCCAGUUGGUUUUCCAAAGUAUUUGUUGUUUUUUUACUUCCUGUUCCUUAUAAAACAGUCACUAUUUAUUUUCACACUAUAUUUACACUUAACUUUACAGAAUGACUUCAUUUUAUUAUAUUAACUCUAAUUACUUUCAUAUUCACAUGUUAUCUAUUAAUAGUAAAACCACAAGAAGAAUAUUUUAAUUGUUUAGAAAUGUUUUUUUGGUACUCUUGGAUGAACUGUUAUAAAGUAAUCCAAUAAACUAUUUUACAAUGUCAAA